GUCGAGCGACUCUGGUGGAGCAUGCACGAGGACAUGUGGCCGCAUCGAGCGACUUUAACAUCUGUGAGCAGGGCAUUGGAAGCGGGUUGCUCCCGAGUGCCAUGUCGAUCGUCCUGCCAGAACCGAGUCGAGCAUGGUGGCGGCGCGUGGCCAUCGUCUCAUAUCAAGCAAUUUGCUGCUGCCCUUAGUCACCGUUCACUUUCAGGGCGCAUGCAUUUUCGGUCUCGAGUCAGUCGCGGCUUCUGGCAUGGCAAGCUCCGAGACCUCGAUAUGUAAAUCGGCAUCGAGCCGAGCCUGGAGUAUAGGACGCUCGCAGAUCUCGGAUCCGGAGCAGAAGCAGACGCAGACGCAGAAGCAGGCCGGCAGUCAUCGGACUCAAUCGCACCCGCUGCGUCGAGAGCGGAUUCUAAGAUCGGAUUAUCGUGCAGCCGAAACUUGGACUCCGCCCCAUCUGAUUGAAAAUGGUGAAGUUAGCGUCCGUCCGGACCACACGGCUAUACGGGCCGGCGGCUAGUAAGGACGUGUGGGAGGAUGUGAAUGCCUUUGGGUACAUGGUGGCCGCCUUGUUGACGACGGCAGGAUGCGUGUUGUUGUUACCGGGAUACAACAGCACUGCAGGAUUAUGGCUGAUCUUAGUGGGUCUAGUUUGCAUCUUCGCCGCCAACGUCCACGAUCUUUACGCGCAGCUGGCAGGCUUCGAUUUCAGAUUGCCUCUCGUGACUCUGGACCCUCAAUUGGCUCUCAUUGAGAUCGCUGCGCCCUUGGUGCAGUGCAUCGGCGCCAUCGUUUACUUCAUCGGAGCGGUGCUCCUUCUGCGGCUCGCAAGAGGGGACUUCGACACCUUCGACCAGACGGUCGAUGUUGCAGCCCAUGCAAACAACCUGAUCAUUGCUGCACCAGCUCUGUGGCUUCUCGGGUCGAUCCACAAUGCGUUCCAAGUGUAUGAGAGUGCCGGAACUCAGGUGCAGCUGAUGCAGAAAGCAGUGACGAUUCCCUUCGUGCUCGGAAGCACUUUCCUUCUUGUAGCCGCAAUUGUGAACACAGUCGCCUGGCCGGUCAAGGCCUGGCAUUCAGCUAUGACUCUGGCCGUCGCUUUCGCCAUCGUGGGCUCAGCGUUGUUGCUGAUCGGAGGCGUUGUGAACGUCAUUAGAGUCAUCCAGCUCCAACAAGUGGAGCAUUUGGGAGGAACUGCAGAGAAGCUCAGGGGUGGAGCCCAGGAGCGACUGAUCGACGAGCGAGAGAGAGAGGAAUGGCAGGAGCCCCUCCUUGCCGGCAACAGCAAGAAUUACGGCAACCGAGAUUUUGAAAUCGAGGGUGGAAGUGAAAAUCCCUACAAAGCCAACGUAGUCGAGGCCGAGAGAGCGGUUUAAGCAGAGUUUGAUAUGCGAGUGGUCCUUCGUACGUGUCUGCUAGACGUUCAUAUGAUAGUGUGAAGAUUGUAAGCGGAAUUUGGCCUGUAAGAUAUGGUGUAAUGGAAGAUCAUUUUCUGAACGGUAACUUAGUUGCCAGCCAGGGUAGGUCUGUGGGAGCUCACUCGCUCACAGACUGGAGUCGUCAACUUAUUCAUUUUGUAGCUUCGCGGUUUUAAUUCAUGUAUUAUCAUUCGUACCACUUAUG